GCACUAUCUCACUCGCACACGUCAAUCAGCUGUCAAACCAACAUGGCUACGUUAACUCGUUCUUCGGCAAAAUUAUUAAAGAAAGUACAAAUUUCACCGAUUUCAACAAGAAAUUUGAGUAAUGUGAAGUUCCAAUAUCAAUACAAGAAUGUGUUAACAACUUGUGCUUGUGUUUUCGGAGGUGGAGUGCUGUAUUAUGCUGCAAAUAGAUAUGGGAAAGAAAACACCGUCUUCGCCCUUAAAACAAAGACGGACGAGCUGGCCAAGUCGGUGAAGCUGACGUCCCGGGAGCGCCGCUUCAUCAAGUUCUCGAGCGUGGAGUACGGCGGCCAGCUGUACAUGACGCCGCAGGACUUUCUGGAGUCCGUGGUGGAGCAGGAACCGAGACCUCGUCUGAAGCGGCGCGUGCUGUCCACCAAGGAGCUGGAGUACCUGCGCGACCACACGCCGCCGCUCCGGAAGGGCUCCUCCAAGCUGUUCCGCAACAUGAGGGACAUGGGAAUCAUAUCUUACACAGAGUACCUAUUUCUGCUCUCAAUCCUGACAAAGCCGGCGUCUGGUUUCCAGAUUGCCUUCAACAUGUUUGACACCGACGGCAACCAGAGAGUCGAUAAGAACGAAUUUCUAGUUAUCCAACGGUUAUUGGGCGGUUCGUUGAAGGAACGUAAAGAUUUGGACAAGAAGAGUAAAGAGGCUCUGCUUUCGUUAGUAUCAACCAGCGCAAUGAAGACUCGAUUGGGUGAAGCUCAAGCUAAAUUAGACGCUAAACCUUCCACAAUGGAGAAGAUCUUCAGCUUCGCGUGGAAGGGCAAGCGGGGGCUGGAGGCGGGCGAGGGGGGGGAGGGGCCGGGCGAGGGGGGGGAGGGGCCGCACGAGGCCUACGUCGACGAUGAGCAGGGGCUGCAGCGGCGGCAUCAUGUUGAUACUAUGCUGCAGGUGCACUUCUUCGGCAAGAAGGGCAAGGACGAGCUGAAGUUCGAGGGGUUCAAACAGUUCAUGGAGAACCUGCAGACCGAAGUGCUGGAGCUCGAGUUUCAGGAGUUCGCUAAAGGCCACGAGACCAUCUCCGAGGUGGACUUCGCGAAGAUCCUGCUCCGCUACACGUACCUGGACACGGACCAGUACGACAUGUACCUAGACCGGCUGCUGGAGCGCGUGCGUGACGGCCGCGGCAUCUCCUUCCACGAGUUCAAGACCUUCUGCCAGUUUUUGAAUAACCUGGAGGAUUUCACUAUUGCGAUGAGGAUGUAUACGCUCGCUGAUCAUCCGAUUUCUAAAGACGAGUUCCACCGAGCAGUGCUCAUCUGCACCGGCAUCUCCCAGUCGGAACACCUGGUGUCCACCGUGUUCGCCAUCUUCGACGCGGACGGCGACGCGCUGCUGAGCUACAAGGAGUUCAUCGCCAUCAUGAAGGACCGCCUGCACCGCGGGUUCAAGUCUUACGCCAAGAACGAAGGGUGGGAAGCUUUCAAAUCCUGUGUGAAGCAAGAAAUGAAGAGCUCAGUUUAAUAAUUUAACUAUUUACCUACUAUCCAAAUUUGAAGCAGUAGGUAUAAAAAUCUAGUAAUUUCAUACAAACAGGUACAUUUUGAGCAAGAAUUUUAUUGAGAUUGAUGGAGUGCAAGUUAUUUAUGCCAUUUACUACUGUAUCAAAGGUAUCUAUGUCACCUAUGUAUAUUAUCAUAUUAUGAAUUGAACCUAAAUACAGUGAUAUGCACUCUCUAGCUAAAAUUCUGCCCACUAGUUGCGCCACUAUAGCAGUACGUUGGUACGACUUAACUAGAUUUUUAUUAUAAUUAUACUUACUGCUUAAAAAAAUGUUUUGCUCACAUUCGAUUUUAAAAUAAUUCGAUGCCAUGUUUCAUUAUAAGAUCUUGCACUUACUAUCCAAAUAUUAUAAUCGUAUACUGUUAGGAUUUUAGCCAAUUUUCUAAAUUCUUCUAUUUAUAUAAGUUUACCUCCUACCUACCUAUGACAUUUUUUAAAAUUAAUUACUAGUAGGUGGCCCAGUCAUUAUUACAAAAUAAGAAAUCUUAUAAAGGUUGUUAAAUAGUGAGAUUUAAUUUAUGUCUAUAAUUUAAUAUUAGGUAAUAUAUUUAUUUGUGCCUAUAUAUAUGUUAGUUUUGGUGCUUUUUGUGUUUUAGUUAGGCAAAGAUUUUUUUAAACUUAGGUUGAUCUACCACUGACCUUCUCGUUAAAGAAGUAAGUAAUUAGAUAGAUAUUUUGUUCUUUGGACGGAACUCAUUAGUUUAAAGUUUGUUUGUGCAACUGGGUGUUAGUGUCCAAUAGAAAAACAAAACGGCCUACUUUGACAUCUUAUUAUAAAUUAUGGUUAAUAAUUAUUAAAAUUGUUUUACUUAAAAAGCUAGUCAUUUUCGAUAUUUUGUACAAAGCAGUGUUGUGUUGUGUUACUAAAUAGAAAUUAAUUUAAGUAAAAUAUUUUUGCCAGUGCCUACCUUUCUCUAAUAUGAAAAAUACGGGAAAUUUUGUCAUUGAUCUAGCCAAAAGUUUUUUUUUGUUUUUUUUUUAUCUAGCUAAAGGCCUUGUUUGAUACACCUUUUGUCUUGGUCACUGACAAAUUUCCAUCCUGUUUAAGAUAAGAUACAAACAGUAUUCAAUAUUCAUGUUUUCCUAAAUAAUAAUAAGUAUAAUUAUAUAUCUUUUCUAUACCCUGUAGAUUACAAACUGGCUUAGAAAAAUCUUGCUGAAAAAAAUAUAUGAGUAGUAUUUUUGUUUUAAUAGGUAAUUUAAUGUUAUUGAUCGUGUGUUUUUACUCUACUAGGAAGAAUUAUGUUUGUAACUAAAUGCUAAUAAUUGUGCUGAAGGAUUGUUUCAAUUUAAUAAACUUGUGUUUUUUUUCAAUAAACCAUAUUUUUUUUUACACUG